CAAAGUAAAACGGGAAUGGAUGGAAUUGGAAUAGUGUCGACCCGACCGUUCGGAUGGCUCGGAUGGUCGCGUCGCUCUCUGAUCUGUGAUAAAGCGAGAACACUGUCAGUGACGUUUAUCUCUUCUCUCAAUCUCGACCGAAAUUCGUGCCUACAUUCUCUCUUCGUCCUGUGAUAAUCUAGAAUUUCUCUAGAAUAUUUCAAUCAUCGUAUAGGCUGUCGAACGAUCUCAUUUGGAACGGAGUGCACGUGUGUGUGAGAGACGCGUAGGCGUUCUGUGUGUAAGAAAAUCGAAUGUGGUAACAUGACGUCUGGAGAGAUGCUGGCUCGGAAGCUGAUGGUAGCGAAAGAAUCGGGAAAGGGGAACUGUUGUUCCAGCUAGUGCGGCAAAUAAUUAAAAGGCAACAGAAUCUCGAGAGAAUCUCUUAUCGCCAAGUAUAGAUACGUGAAACUAUGUAGAGGAGAUGCUGCCUUCAAACGCGAUUGAGGCGGAAGCCUCGUCACCUCCGUCGAGGUACGAUAAGGGGUUCCUGCCCGAUGAGUCUUGCCGUUUCGCGGAAACGGAAGUCGUCGCUCGGUACCAGGAAGAUGAAGUCAAGGCUAAGUACGGGAGGCCUGUCUAUCGGGAAGACAGCAACGAAAAGAUCCCUGUGAAAACGGGUUCCAAGUUUCCGAACGAUCGUCGCAGCUUCUCCAAGGGUUCGUCUCUGCAGAGUCUGGUUCGACGCAGAAGUCGAAGACACGCUCAAUCUUCGUUACCGUUGGACGCGGAUCUCUCCGCGUAUUCGUUAUACCCUGAGCAGAAACAAGAGGAAACGUGCACGCGCACCUCCACGCUCGUCUACUCGUCGAGGGGCGAAAACAAAGAUGUUUCCUCGUCGACGAAUCUCGCGACGACGGGUACAGGGAACAGUGUCACCUGCUCGGUCAGUGGAAGCCGGAUUAACACGGGAUCGUCCACGAGGACUGCUAGUGUGAUAACUGCUGCUGCUGGACCCUCGACGUCUUCUUCUUGGAACAAUUCGCCCGAGGAGGAGCUAGAUUACGUGGUGGAUCCUGUGCACGGGAAUGCUUAUUACAAAGGCCAGCUCUUGGGAAAGGGAGGGUUUGCGAAAGUGUUUCUGAUGACGGACGUCACGAAUGGGAACGAAUAUGCUUGUAAAAUCAUUCGGAAGAAUCGUAUGCAAAAGAUUCACAUGCAAAAGAUCGCUCGCGAGAUCAUGAUCCAUAAGGAACUGAACCACGUGAACGUCGUUCAGCUGCAUCACUACUUCGAGGACAAUCUCAACGUUUACAUGCUCAUGGAGGCUUGUCCUCGAAAGCAGAGUCUGAUGCACGUGCUGAAGUAUCGGGGUAAGGUCACGGAGCCGGAGGCCAGAUAUUACAUGAAGCAAAUGGUAACCGGAGUCGCGUAUAUCCACUCGCAAAGGGUCGUGCAUCGGGAUUUGAAGCCAGGCAAUAUGUUCCUGUCGGAACAGAUGAUCGUCAAGGUCGGCGACUUCGGGUUGGCGACCAGACUCGACGGCCAGUGCAGACGCGUGACUAUCUGCGGAACGCCUAAUUAUAUAGCGCCAGAAGUGUUGUACAAACAAGCUUACAGCUACGAAGCAGACGUCUGGGCGUUAGGAUGUAUUUUAUAUGCGUUACUGGUGGGCCAGCCGCCCUUCGACACGGCAACUCUGAAAGAGACUUACGCUAGGAUAUGCAGCAAUCAUUACCGGGAGGUGGACGGGACGAUGGCCAGUCGCAACGGCCAAGAUUUAAUUAGAUGGCUCCUGCAACCGAAUCCGGAGUUAAGGCCCAGUUUGGAGAAGGUCAAGGAGCAUCCCUACCUCACCGAAGAGUAUGUGCCAGAAUCAUUGCCCCGUACGUCUUGCUUCCAAGUGCCUCAGACCACUCUGGUAGAGAACCAAGUCUCCUCACCGUCGUUCGACUCCAGUGCUUCCGCCAAUCAGAAACUUAAUAACGUUCAGGUGCACACGCUGCAACGAUCUCAACAGGACCAGCAUCGAGGAAACGUUUCAGAGAAGAGUUUACGCAAGGGCCCGUCGAAGGUGAUCAGUUGGCUGACCAGAAAGCUCCGCAAGGUGCCCAAGUUCCGUCAACGACUGAGCAGCGUUCUCUGUCCGGAUCAAAAGAAGACCGGCUACGCAGCUCAAAGCAUGCAGAUGCACCGGGCGCUAGAGAAUUGUAUAAACGGGAUCAAGUGCAAGAAUAAAUUACGUAAUCAUCCGCCCGUGAAGGAUCUCGUGCCUCUGUUCAUCACCAAGUGGAUCGACUACUCGAAUAAAUACGGGCUGGGCUUCCAGCUGUCCGACAGAUCGGUCGGCAUCCUGUUUAACGAUCACACGAAGAUCAGCUAUACGCACGACAGAAGAAGAGUGGAAUACGUGACGACGGAGGACGAAGUGACCAGAUUUCAAAAGGAAGAGGACGUCCCGACCGCUCUGCAGAAGAAACUUCUCUUAUUACAACGUUUCACCCAGUAUAUGGACAAAUUUAUGACCGAAGGUGGCGAGAUAAAAAGACAUCGUGCGCCUACGCGGAACUCUAGGAACUCUUGCGUGCCUCGGAUGCGAAGAUGGUUCAGAACCGACAAGACCAUUGUCAUGGAACUUACUGUUCCUUUGUUACAAGUGAACUUCUUCGAGGACCACACCAAACUGGUGGUAUCCCAAGAGUCCCCUAACAAAGGCUAUUUGGUCACGUACAUAGAUACAAGUAGAAAGACCUCCUCUUAUUGGUUGAACGAUAUCCGCGACCUCGGUUGCACCGCUGAUCUCUACGAACGCCUGUACCACGUUUAUCAAGUCUCCAAGGAAUUCGUCGAGGUGCACGACAACACGAUUGGUUGAUGAAACAAGAAACUGUUUCGAAGAGGUCGUUAUUUGUUACCUCGAACCCUAAUGUUUCGUUCGUUAUCGAUAAGCAGACUUUUACGCAAUCAAACUUUUUAGGAUACUUACACAUAAACGAGAUAGAAGUUUGUUCAGUUGACUAACUAUCGUAAUUUGUUACGCUGUAAUAAAUAAGCGCAAGGGACAGAUCAAACAGGGUUAUAUUAAAAAUCGGACGAAAUUAAAACGUACCUUGAUCUAGACGUAACUUUAUUAUUUAGCUUAAGUUUCGAGAAAACCACCAGUCUUCUAUUUACAUUAGAACUCCAUUAAUAUCGAAUAUACAAGUAUAAAUAUAAAGGAAACAAGUUCUUACACCUAGAAAAUAGUAUAUAAUAAACAUUAUUUAUUCUUUGUCCACGUACUUACAGUUAAUCACCGAUUGUAAACGAUCUCUGUCGAGUUGAAUUUCGUUUGAUAAUAAAAGAAAUGGAGUUCCAUUGAAUUAAAACUCGUA